UCUAGAUCUAGAUCUAGGCCAAAUUCUUAUUUGAACGUGAAAUGACGAAUGUUACUUCUCUAUGCUCUAGUUUUCCUAAUGAUCCUGAUAAGUGCGAUGUGAUUAUUUCUUUAAGAAAAACAUCAGGAGCUUUGUCUUUCAUAGGAUGUUUGUUCAUGAUAUGCAUCAUCUGGAUUUUCAAGAGAUAUGUUGUCUUUGCUCAGCGCUUGAUCCUGUAUCUAAGUAUAGCCGCAAUGCUGGACAGUAUAGGCUAUCUUAUGAGUGCAGACAUUGAAGAUGGCCCAGUAUGUAAUUUUCAAGGAUGGUGGCUAACUUUUUUUGAUUGGGUGGUUUUGCUGAGUGUUUCCUGCAUUACUUUUAAUUUAUUCAUGAAUGCAGUCAAACAAAUUUCAACAGAGAAAUUUGAAUGGCUGUACCUGGCUGUUUGUGUGCUGGUGCCACUUCUGAUUUCCUGUUUACCUUUUGCUGGUGACCACUAUGGACCUGCUGGAGCCUGGUGUUGGAUUGUAGAGGAUUUUGCUUGGAGAGUUGGUGUCUGGUAUGGGCCACUUUUCAUCAUCAUUCUGUGUAUGAUGUUUGCUUAUGGCUACAUCAUCUUCAGCCUCAGACAAAAGGCAUCCAAUUGGGAGGGGACAUAUGACCCAGACACAGAAAGGCAACAUCACUUGCUGAAAGAAGAUAUCAAACCACUAAGAGUCUACCCAUUUAUUUAUUUGGCUGUUUCACUUUUCCCUUUAAUUAACAGAGUCCAGAAUGCCAUAGAACCAGACUACCAUAUAUUUGUUUUGGUUUUACUCUCUUCAAUAUUUUCCCCACUUCAUGGAGCUCUGAAUGCCAUUGCAUUUGGCGUAGAUAAAGACACACUGUCAAAACUGCGACCAAGUGAAAUCAAGCUUGCUCUACUAAAUCGGAAGUCUCGGCAAAAGGUUCGAGAGUAUCCGUAUUCUUACGCCACCUUCAACAUAGACAACGAGGCCCCACUCUCUGAAGAAGAACUGGCAGGUCAAGGAGAAGAUAAUCCAAGUAGACCAAUUCUUCAUAGAUAGCAUUAGCUCCCCUGGAUAUUCCAUCUACUUUGUUGUUCCUGUAAAAGAAAAACAUUCACAAUUGUUGAUGAAGGAAACAAAACAGUGAGGCAUCAAGAGCUGUAUCAAAAUAGUUUAGUCUAGUAUUCUGACAGUGGCAUGUAGAAAGUAGUCCUGUGUUUUGUUUGAAAAGGUCAGUGACCUCAGACAUGUGCUAUUAAAAAAAAGUGAGUAGCCAUUGAAAUGAAACUUUAGGGUUUUUAUUUUGUUGUAAGAGAAAUACAGGCUGUGAUUUUGUUGUGUAAUUGAAGAACACACUUUUUGUAGAGUUCAUACAGAGAUGGUGAUUUUUUUUUAGUUCAAGAUCUGUUGAUGAUAAUUGAUAGAACCUAAAUUGUAUGGUUGAUUGAUCAGAUUAUAAGAAUGUGGUUAAAUGAGAUUUUUGUCUUGGUGUCACGCUGUUCUCA